AUGUCUUUAUCAAAAAUUACUCUUGUCGCAUUGGCAAGUUUAGCAGUUCUGUCAACUUUGGUUGCUAAACUUCAAAAUAUUGUACAUGUUAGUAAUGAUAUUGAGUAUGAAUAUGAAGAGGUUAAAAGAGAAUUGGAGGACAGGCUGUUUCCAGGGGACCGGUUGCGACAUCUCAUGUGGUUUUUACAAAUAUCUGAUUUACACCUUAGUUUAUUUCAAGACAAGAGUAGAGGAUCUGACCUGAGGAAAUUUUGUAAAGAGACAGUUUCUGUCAUUCAACCAUCUGUAGUUCUUGCAACAGGUGACUUGGUGGAUGCCCGAACUAAUGAUAUUUUGGGCUCGCGCCAAUUCCCAGAAGAGUGGGAAAUGUACUGGAGCAUAUUGAAUGAGACUGGAGUCACCUCAAACACCACAUGGCUUGACAUACGUGGAAAUCAUGAUAAUUUCAAUGUUAAGUCACUGGACAGUAAAGAUGAUUUUUUCAGAAAGUACUCCGUUCAGGGAGCUCAACAUAGAAGAUCAUACAGAUACACUCUCCACCAUGACACUGAGGUUUAUGACUUCAUUGGGAUCGAUGCCUGCAUGAAUCCUGGCCCUAAAAGGCCCUUCAAUUUCCUUGGAGUCUUAGAAAAAGAAGAGUUUUCUCAUAUCCAAAACUUAGCAGAGGGUGCACAAGACAAUAAUUUCACCAUCUGGUUUGGACAUUAUCCAACUUCAACAAUUGUGGCUCCUCAUCCAGGAGUUCGAGAGUUCAUGAGGCACAGUGGACCAUAUCUGUGUGGGCACUUGCACACACUUGGAGGAAUGGUGCCUCAAAUGUAUACCUUGCAACCUCAAGGAAAUCUGGAGCUGGAGCUUGCUGAUUGGAAGGAAAACAGAAAGUAUCGAAUCUGUGCAGUGGAUCACGGAAUUUUUUCCUUCACAGACCACUACUUAAACCAAUGGCCUCUUAUAUUAAUUACUAAUCCUAAGGAAGCUUUGAUGACUAUGCCUACCAUAGAACCCCUAUACAGAAUAUCAAAGUCAACUCAUAUUAGGGCUCUUGUGUUUUCACCUCAUCUCAUUGUAAGUGUUAAGUUUCAACUGGAUGGUGGUCAGUGGACGAACAUGAAUUCUUCUGAUUCUCCACUUUACACUGCACAGUGGGAACCAAUGUUCUAUGAAGAUGGUUUACAUUCGAUUGCUAUCCAUGCCAGAGACAUUGAAGGAAAUGAACAGACUAAAAUAACAAGUUUUGCUUUGGAUGGCAGUCGCCCUAAAUUUCCACUUGGAGCCAGGCUUGCUCUCAGGGGUCACAUAUCAGUUGGACAGAUAAUAUUUGGAAGUGUUUUACUAAUAACUUUGAUGCCUCUAUGUGUGCUAAGAAUCUGCCUUUGUUUUGGAAAAGGAGACAUGAUUCAAGCAGAUUCUGAAAAAAGUUGCUGUUGCAGACUUUUGUUCAAGCUCAGCUUAUUAGCGAGUAUAGAUAUGAUUUUUUGGCCGAUUGUGUUUGGAGCUUUAUAUGUUGCUAUUGGACCUUGGUUUGUUGGUUACAUCAUUGAUGACCAAGUUAGUGUUUGCUUCAUUUGGGGCAUUUUUAUUGGGUCCAAAUUCUUACCUGGUGGUCUUACUUAUUUUGCUGGAAUAGUUUAUCUCAUCACAUUUUACAUUCCCUUCAUUUUAUGCCUCUCCCACUGCGUCUACCACCAACACCGCAGCGCCAUUGCCCCCACUCGCUCCUCCAAAUGCAAAACGGCAUCGGCGCUGUGCCGGCACUCCACCAUGCUGCUGUUCCUCGCCUGGCAAACGGCGGUUGCCGUCGGUUACUUCUACUCCUAUGGCACCAUGGUGCUCCUUCUGGGAUUUGUGCACAGCUGGUCUGUGCUGGCUGCCAUGCUGCUGUGGUGCGUGGUUUUGAGGCUGCCGGAAAGCAGAUUGCGCCACGGUUUGGGACUCGCGGUUCAGCGAAACGUCGGCACACCCCUGUUGCCGAGUGGGAAGGCCCCCCUUGGUCGUUCGCUCGAUGUUCUGAGUCCCACUUGAUGUCGAGUGCCGUAUAUAUUGCUUCGAAUCUCGAGGGGGAGGCAGUAGGGCGGUUCAAAGCUUCAUGUAAAAAAAAAAAGUUUCUCCUAGAAAGCAGGACACCUCUCAAUAUUUUUAGACUUGUGGAUAGCAAUGUACUGG